UAAUGAUUGGAAACUGUAUUAAAAGGCGGAAUUGGUUUGUGUCGAAAAUUGUUGGCGCCGGGUUUUGGUAGAUGAGACUAGAAAAGUGCUAUAUUUGCUCCAGUACCGUGUAUCCUGGUCACGGUAUAGAGUUCGUUCGUAACGACGCAAAAGUUUUCCGGUUUUGCCGCUCAAAAUGUAGGAAAACGUUCCAUAUGAAGCGAAACCCUCGAUACUUGAGGUGGACAAAGGCUUAUCGAAAGUCACAUGGCAAGGAAAUGGCUAUUGAUUCCACGUUUGAAUUUGAAAGAAAGAGACAAAGAAUACAACGUUAUGACAGGGAACUAGUUGGAAAGACCAUUCAAGCUAUCCAGAAAGUUGAUGCGGUUAGGGUUAAGAGAGAGAAAGAUUUCUAUAAGAGUAAAAUGAAACAGGCAAAGAAGCAAGAGCAAAGGACGGCUGUUCGAGAACUGGAAAAGGGAAUAAACCUUAUAGAGCCGGAUAUCUUGAGAGUGAAAGAAUCUGUAAGGGCAAGAGAACCUGUACAACAAGGUGUAGCCUUGGUAGAAAGGGAUCAGUCAAAUACUUCCAAUUAACCUGAAGAGAGCCUAUUUUUCUAACUUCUAAAAUACCCCGAAACUAAGGGCAGU